AUGUGUGAAUACGAAACCAAUAUACCAACUGGCCAUGGCCUGAAUCGAUCAGAGUGGAAUUUCCGAGAGAGUGUCCGAAGAACAAUAUGCUUACUAUACGGAAUCGAGCUUCUUAUUGACGUGAAUCUGAGCCAUACUGACAGGGCUUCAUGUGGUGGAUACUCUUUGGUUCCGCUUCCAUGCAGUCGUGACCUGUGGCAGCCGCUGUCAAAUGAGGAAUGGGGUUAUCGGUUUGAGAGCCAAGAGAAAACCAACAAGAUGAAUCGACUGCUGAAGCUCUCAGAUCUGCAGCUUUCCAGGCGCACAAUGGAACCCAGGGGGUCCUCUGAAAGAAGUUCUGUCGAUCCUACAUCUGAAGUCACGAAAUGGAGCAGGACCUUGGAUGAAUUUGGAGUAUUGAUAUGGAUGGCUGCCCUCCUAGAUUAG